AUGUCUUUCAUGCAAACACUAGUGUCUCUUUCUUCCUAGCACCACCGGCACCACUAGUACUCCUACUCUACUUUGUGAUAAUGGAUCCAUGCUCCUGCCACAAAUUCCUGAAAUGCCCUUCACUCCCUCUAGACAACAUUGAAGAGGAGGAUACCAGUACCGAAGAGAACAUCAUCAUCAACAACAACAAACUAGAAGAAGAACAAGAAGAAGAAGAAGAAACAUCAUCAGUAGUAGUAGCACCACCACCAGAGACUCCAACAGAGACAAUGGAGUUCCUUGCAAGAUCUUGGAGCAUCUCAGCCUUGGAACUCUCCAAAGCUCUCACUGCUGUCUCUCGCCACCCUCCUCCCUUACUCAACAACAACAACAACAACAACAACAACAACAACUCACAAGUCACAGCACAAGAGACUCAAAAGAUGACCAAGUUUCACCCUUUACUCCCAUCUGACUUACUUGCCAUUAACCCUCCCAUUUCUCCAAGAGAUCAUGGAGACCUUAAGGUGCAACUUUUAAGAGGAGUAGUACCAAGAGGAGGAGGAGGAGGAGGAGGGAAAACAAUGGGAGAUUGGCUGAAAGAUAACAAGGAGAGAAGGAGAGAAGAAGCGCGCACAAGAAACGCGCAAGUGUAUGCGGCGACAUCUGUGGCCGGUGUUGCGGCGGCAGUUGCGGCGGUGGCGGCUCAAUCGAAUGGAGUAUCGAAAACGAGUGCGGCGUUAGCUUCGGCGGCGGCGCUGGUGGCUUCGCAUUGCGUGGAGAUGGCCCACGUCGUUGGUGCUACGCGUGAUCAGAUCUUAGGUGUUGUGCAUUCGGCGGUUACUGCGCACACUAGUGGGGAUAUCAUGGCUCUCACCGCCGGCGCCGCAACAGCUUUGCGAGGAGCAGCGACACUAAGAGCAAGAUUUCACAAGGAAAUUAAUUGUUCAACAUUAACAGGAGAUACUAAAGAUGCAGAUGCUAGUUCAUCAGUUUUGGCAUUUAUUUCUCAUGGUGGAGACCUGCUUAAACGCACCAGAAAAGGUGUACUUCACUGGAAACAAGUCUCUGUCUAUGUGAACUCAAGUUGGCAGCUGCAGGUAGUUGUCAAAAUGAAGAGUACACACAUGGCUGGAACUUUUGUGAAAAAGAAAAAAAGUGUUGUUAUUGAUGUGUGCUCUGAUGUUUCUGCAUGGCCUGGUAGAGAGUCAGGAGAAGAAAACAAUAAGAAAGCUUACUUUGCAAUCAAAACACCAGAAAGAUUGAUUGAAUUUGAAUGCAAAAGUAAAGCUGAGAAACAGAUGUGGGUUGAAGGCAUACAGCAAAUGCUCAAUUCCCCUGCCAACAUGAGCAUUUUUCUGUAAUUACAAAAGCAGGACAUCAAGUGAAUGGUUCAAAUGCAAGGAGGUUGCAAAGUAGAAUGGUAUUAUGUUUCUAUUUGAACCAAAAAGAAUGUCUAAAUUUGUAUUAAUAUUGCAUCUGCACCAAUCUAUGUAAUUACAAUUUACACUAUCUACAAAUGAUAUUGGCCGGAUGGUAGUAUUCCAA